GGCUGAACAGGAAAGUAAACAAACUGAAGUGAAACAGAUUUAACAUAUUUCAUACUUCCUAUGACAGUGAAACAUUUAAUUCGAGCAUUACCAUGAAAACACUUUUGAGACUAUAUUUCCGCGGUUGAGAAGACGGGAUUUCACACGAACAAUCUUGUUGGGACCGCUCAAAAUCUAGCUAGCCCAGGCAGUAGCCAGUACUUUCCUAUCUGUAGUGCACAUUUUGCCACGCAGUCUUUCAUUGCCGCAUGACUCAGAAGUUGAUCACAAUAUGGAGCAAAAGCUUGCGGAGUUCAGAGCCCGAAGAAGGGCUGAUGUGGCCGCUAAGAAGAGCGAAUCUUCUGAAAAGCAGCCCAAAACAUCAUCUGACAGUGGCAGCACUUUGAUGUCGGCCAGUUGCCAGUCAUCAACAGCGGAUGCAGACACACAGGAGUUAACAGAAGAUCCAAUCUCAGCUGUCUAUCAGGCUACAAGGACUAAACAUUGGGGGGAUGACUGGUUGCUGGAGAGCAAUCUGGGUCAAUGGCUUGGUUCGACACGACUGGCUUUCACAAAUCUGACUUUGCUGAAGGUGUUGCUUUGGCUGGUUCUACUUGGGCUGUUCACUGAGCUGGAAUUUGGGUUGCCUUUCUUCCUUAUCUCUCUCUUCUACUGGCUGUAUGAGGGGCUGCGGAACCCAACUGCACGUCAACCAGGAGAACUGAGCGCUUACUCAGUGUUCAACCCAGACUGUCAGCCUCUCCUGGGGGCACUUACAGCAGAGCAGCUAGAGGGAGAGAUGGGCUACAGACCACUGGCCAACAGAUGAGACCCUCAAACAACUGACUUUAAUCUGAAAUUGAAUAGCUAACUGGAAAUGUAUUUAUUUGAAUGGUGCACAUUGCUGAUGUUGAUUUUGAAGUCAAAUGGAGCCUAUUCCAAACUACAAGAUCAUUCACCACUGCUGCACAUUGAUGAUGCUGUGAAAGAACAAACAUCUGCUUGUUAAUUCCAUUAAAAUGUGUGUACUUGAA